AACAACUAUGUCGUGGAGUACCAAUAAUAAAGAUAAACAAUGAAAAGAGGAUGCUAAAGUACACAUGAUUUCAAUAUCAAAUUUAACACACACGAGUCUACAUACACCUCUCAAUUUUAACUUAUACAAAAAUGCAACCAACACAAGAGCAAUUGAAAAUACGACAAUGGAAAUUUCGGCGAACAAUACAUUCGAGCUAUCGAACAAUUUUACCGAAUACGCUGAGAUUCCGUAUUAUAUAAAAGUCACAUCGAUGACUUUCUGUAUAGUGAUUAUGUGUUUAGGUGUUUUAGGUAAUGUGAUGGUGCCAAUAGUAAUUUUAAAGACUAAAGACAUGAGGAAUUCGACUAAUAUAUUUUUAGUGAACUUGAGUAUUGCGGACUUAAUGGUGUUACUUGUGUGCACGCCCACAGUUCUGGUGGAAGUUAAUUCCAAACCCGAGACCUGGGUGCUGGGAAAGGAGUUGUGUUUAGCAGUACCAUUUGUGGAGCUGACGGUAGCGCACGCGUCAGUGCUGACAAUCUUGGCGAUCAGCUUCGAGCGGUAUUACGCCAUCUGCGAGCCAUUACGAGCGGGAUACGUGUGUACGAAGACUCGUGCCACCCUUAUUUGCGCUCUGGCUUGGUUCUUUGCAGCUCUCUUUACUAGCCCCAUUCUCGCCGUGGCAACAUUCACCUAUGAAGAAUACGAUGACGGAAGCAAGGAGCCUGUCUGUCUCACUCAGGCGGAUACAUUCUGGUCAGCGUUGUUCUUCAUUCUAACUAUUGCUGUCUUCUUCAUCAUCCCACUCGGCGUCCUUCUCGUCCUAUACAGCGUCAUAGCGAAGAAUCUAAUGGAAAACCCCAUUAUCAUAUCGCAAAACACAAAAAACACUACCAAUGCCGGCAGUGUACUACGGUAUAGAAAACAAGUUAUCCUUAUGCUCGGUACCGUAGUAUUAUCCUUCUUUGUAUGUCUUCUACCCUUCAAAGCAUUGACUCUUUGGAUUAUCGUAUUCCCACCCGAGACAAUAAUGUCACUAGGUAUAGAUGGUUAUUAUAUACUAUUGUAUUUUUGUAGAGUAAUGCUCUAUUUAAAUUCGGCGAUUAAUCCUAUAUUGUACAAUUUGAUGUCAUCAAAGUUUAGGGAAGGUUUUGUUAAAUUGUUAAGAAUAAAUAAGUUGAUAAAAUGCAGUAGGGCUUUUAGAGAGAACAUGCAAAGAAGGGACACAUUUAACACGACAACCUCAACGGCGUUCUCAAGCAGUCAGAAUACGUCAGAUUCGUUUUGGAAAAGAUAUAGUAACAGAGCAUCUUCGCAGAAACCCGCAGUGAAUAGAGAAAGCAAAAAAACUAAGGACUCUAAAGAACUCAAAGAUUUAGAUGAAGUAUUAAAAAGAGAAAUAGAACCGUUGACUGCAGAUUAUCCAAGACGUAAUAGUAUGAAAAUAAUAGCUGAAAUGAAUCAAGCGAAGGAUAAAGUCGAUGAUAUAGUUGAUGAAACAACUAAAAAUAUUUCAAGCCUUGUAGAAGCGACAAAUAAUGAUGUCUUAGUAGAAGUUCACGAUAAUAAUGCAAAUGAUGAUACCGAGAACAAUAAACAAAUACAAAUAUUAAAUUUAGAUGUUAAGACCAAUAACGUAUAUUCUAUAACUCUAGACGUUAGUGAGGGAAAAAAUAGGUUUGUGUGUGUACCAGCUCAGGACAGAGGAGACAAGAACAUUUUUGUAUACGACUUUAUAAGUAAAGAAAGUUUUGUGUAG